UUCCUGCUUCCGGCCAUGCGGGCGGCGCUGGUGGACUACAGCAGCUCCGGCUCGGAGGGCGAGAGCGAAGCCGCCGCCGCCGCCGCCGCCCGGGAGAGGAGCAGCGGGGAGGCUCGGCCUGGCCCGGCGGGCGGGCGCGGCUUCUCCCCUCCGGGCAGCAGAGCUGCAAUGCCCUCCCUGCCCUUGCCGGACAGCGUGCGGGGGAUGUUCAGGGAGCAGGAAGAGAAGGAAAGGGUGGAGGACGACUGCGGUAAACACGAAGGCCGCCUGCGGACGUUUCCCCAUGAACGAGGCAACUGGGCAACCCAUGUGUACAUGCCAUACAAAGCCGGGCAGGACUUUCUGGAUUUACUGCAGCUCCUCCUAAUCUGUGGGCGCACUUAUGUGCCUCAGCUGAAGGGACAGGAAGAAUUCCACAUCAGCCUCUCUCAAGGUGUGGUCUUGCGCCAUCACUGGAUCAACUCUUUUGUCCAAUCCCUCAAAGGACGCUUGGCUUCCUGCCACAGGUUCAUCUUCAGAGCUGACCGAGUGAAGGUUUAUACCAAUGAGACCAAAACCAGGACCUUCGUUGGCUUAGAAGUCUCUUCAGGACAUUCUCAAAUGUUGGAGUUGGUUUCAGAAGUGGAUGAAGUUAUGGAAGAAUUUAACCUAAUGCCUUUUUACAAGGAUCCCUCGUUCCACAUGAGCCUCGCCUGGUGUGUGGGGAAUAUGUCGGAAGCCCUUGGAGGCCAGUGUAUUCAGGAAAUGCAGGUAACCAGCCUGGAAGCCUUUAGCUUUGGGGGAACUCACUGCCAGGUGAGGAGGGGGGAGUCAAGCGGGGGAUUAGCCUUGAGUGAUUGCACAGCCUCAAGUGGACUAGGGCUGACACUCCCCCCCCCCCCACCCACCCACCCCAGUUCCUUGGGACCUUAUCUGUUUGUUCCCAAGAGAAGGGAGCAAGCUAUUUAGGGAGGUUCUUGUAUUAUAGGCAGAAUCACAAUGUCAGCAUGAACCCUACAUUUGCAGUCCUGGUUGUGUGCCUGACAUUAGCAGAGGGCUACAGGAGACAGUUGGGUCUCAGUGCCUGUAUCAUUCUGUGUCCCAGUAUUGAACUGGACUUGGUUCAGACUUCAGACAGGUUGUUCAAGGGGGAUCCAUGUUAGUCCCAGAUCUCUACCAGUCAGAUUGGAAGAUCUGGUUUCUUCGGUGAAGCCUGGAGUGAGUGUAAAAGCCCAGCUGGCUGUGAGGGAUACAGCGGAAGAUGGUGACCAGAGGUAGCCUGAGGCAUGCGCUGACUGAUUGGCUUGAACUAUCUCUGCAUUUCUUGACGCACCUUUUCAACUCGCAGAUAUGUCCGGGCCACGCAGCCUUUCCUCUCCAGAGGGCAUUUCCAAGAGCCCUUAGGAUUGUUUUAGCAGUGGAAGACUGAGUAGGCAACUGGGAUGAAGGCACGUGGGGAAGGGGGCUCCUGGCAUUUCCAGGGGUCCAGCCUGGUAGGCUUUAAGCAACUUGGAAUGAGGUUGGGGACCAGUGGAUAACUGAAGAACUGAGCCAAGCUGGAGGAGGAAGUUGGUGCUGAUGAAUUCUGCCAGGCUGUUCUUAUUUUGCCUCCUUCUCGUUGCAGGAGAUUGUAGAUGGCUUUGAGGACUCCAUCCACUUGCUGCGAAUUCCUGGGACUGAAGUCCGUUGCAAAUCUGGCAAUAAGGUCUUCUCGUUCCCCCUGCGAUAGAGACGCCCGGGAACAACCGCUGCCGACUUGUGAUAGGAACCAUCCAGAGAUGGUCAGAGGUGCCACUGGAUUCCCAUGAAGUCCACUGGGAGCUCAGCUCCCUGUCGCGGCAGCAGAGGCCACCCUGUAACAGCACAUUUCAGGGCCAAGGCCAUUCAUGCCCUCAGAGCCUCUGCCAGGCCAGCUCCUCCUUCGCUCCACUCCAGUUCUCGGCUGCUGGGAGCCAGUGGGAUGUUUCUCCAAGCUGCAGGACUUUGUCUUGUAGACGGCUGAUCUAGGGGCGAGAGGCCCCCCCCGGUGGGAUGCCUUGGGCAGGGUGUCUGGUCCUUCUGAGAGAGAAAUUUAAAAAAGGAGAGCCAAUUCUCUUCAUGGUCAGUUUCAGACGCUUUGCUGAAAGGGUUCGUCAAAGCUUCCUGGAUAAGUGACUGCUCUGAGCCUGCUCUGAUUGCUUUGUUGGAAUUGUGGCAGGAGAAUCAUAAGCAAGGAGAAAGUAAGAAACGUAUAUUGGAGCAUUGGAGCCAGAGGAGUUCUCCCAUGCACACACUGACAAGAUACUGAAUUCCUCUGGGCCAAAAUCCAAACUAAAGGCCCCCCCCACAUUUCGAACGGCAUCCAGAUAUGCCCAACUCACAGGAACUGGGAAAGGUAAACUCAGUGGGAUCCAUGCUUAUUUCCCUGCCUUCUGGAGAGGAACCGGGCAGGGCUGUGGAAGAAGACUAACGUCGUUCCCUUGAAGAGCAUGAUCUUGGUAAUUCUGAGAUUUGCCUCUCACAUUCUCAUGAUCCGAGAAAGAAACUUCUGAAUGCAAUAAACCGAAACACUGGCUGAGAAAUUUGGUGGGGGCAGAUUACGGACCUGAAAUGUUGCAAGUUUUUGGCUUUGUCAGUUUCUUUUGACCCUCCUUAAUGGGGAUCCCUGCAGUAGUGCCACCUUCAGCUCCUGUGAUCCCCCAACAGCACCCCUUGCCCUUUGGGGAUACGGGAAUUAUUGCCAGUGUCCUCUCGUUGGGCUUUGGAUCCCUUCUAUUAAAUGGCAUCUUAUGGGACUGAGGAAGUGUGGCUCUUCUGCUCAAUCCAUCCCCUGGGACCACCCUCCCCUGGGGUUCCCAGAUGCCCCCCAAGAGCUGUUGUGUUGGUGGGACCCUGUUGGGUUUAUAUUUGAUUGUUUUAGGCUGGGCUGCCUGGGGAGUGUUACGUUUUUGACUUUAUUGUUUUGUGUUUUGUAAGCUGCCUAUAGACUGGGGUGGACAGCUGUAAUAAAUUGAAAUAAGUAAUAUAUUUUGUCAUCAAAAGGGUACUAAGCAAAAUAUGAAUGUUAAGCCAGAAUUUUUCCAAUGCCUGAUACAUUAUUUCUCUUGUAACUAAUGAAUAAAGACCAGAUUGUCUGUCUGUU